AUGUCCAACCCAACUCGACGGACUUGCGAAGAAAACAAAAAAUUUGAGAUGAAUUGGGAGUAUCUUAUAAAAGGGGAGUGGGAGAAGGUUGCUCUUUUGCUUCCUGAAAAAAGUGUUGAUGAUAUUAAGCAGCACUACAAACACCUGUUAGAGGAUAUUGAAUUAAUUGAUUCUGGGCUCGUACCACAUCCAAGUUAUAGCGAUAAUAAAAAUCAAGAGGAGCAAGAGAUCUCUGAUGAUGAUGAUGAAAAAGAAGAAAUAGAAGAGUCGAAGGUUCAUUGA